GGGACGCGGGACGCAGGGCCGAGGACAUGGGACACAGUGCCGGGAACACAAAGCUGGGAUCACAGGACACUCGGUUUUGGGUCGUUCCAGCCCUGCUCAGCCCCAGGGCUCCCGCAGGGCUGCGCUCCCCCUGCAGCAGCAGCGUGACGGAGACCCUGGGGUGGGGACCAGCAGCUGUGUCCAGCCCAGGCGCCGCCUCGUCACAGUGCCCGGGGCCGCAGGUGCAGGUGACACCGAGGACAUCCUGCCCGGGACACAGGGCUCCUUCCCAACGAGCGCUUAAGGUCACCGCGUGCCUUUCUGCGCCUCAGCAGCCGAAACAGCCCUGGGGCACCUGCCCGCCUGUCCUGCCGGCAGCCCAGGGGACACAGCCCGGCCACCCACAGGCAUCUGCGCAAAAAGCUCUGGCUGGACAGUGGGUGGAACAAUCCUCACAACCCUUAUUUGGACUCAGCUUUGGGGAAGAGCUGCAGCUCCCCAGCAGCGCUGGAACCCAGGAAUUUCUGCUGAAUCGAUGUCCAUCUGAGCUGGGACACAAUGCUGGACUGUGUCACACAGGGAUAGAAAGGGAAGUUGUGAACAGCUGGGGACUCUGGUGGGACAGCUGGGAAUCACAGCUAGUCCCCAGACUCCACUGGAACGAGUGGACAAGGUUCAGCUCCGCCCUGGGUCCUCCGGGAGGGAACCCGAGCAGGAGCAGCCUCCGGGGAAAUGGGUGGAGGGUGGCACCGGGUGCGUGGAGCCUUUCCCACCCCAGGGCCCGCGGGGAUCCGGGACGCGGGGCCGGGACUCCCGUGGAGCGCGGGGUCACACCGCCCUCUGCCGGCGACACGGGACAGGUGGCACCGGGGCUGUCCCCGCCCCGACAGCGCCUGUGUGACCCAGGCACAGCACCCCGCAUAGUCCAAGGGCUGCGGUUCCCUCGGACACAGGAACAGGAGGUAUUUUAUUCCCGAAACAGAGCACGAACAGUAGAGUUAAUGCAUGAGAGACAACAGACUCAAUGCAGGUCAGAGAUUCCCGGUGGAAGAUAA